UCUCUCUCUCCUAUUCAUGCUGCUCUCUUCUUCUUCUUCUUCUUCUUCUGCUUCUGCUUCUUCUUCUUCUUCUUCUUUCCUCUGAAAAUAUCAUAGAAAUUAUACAUAUAAUUAUUACACGUAUAAUUUUAAGACACGAGCACCGGUGAUAUACAAAUUCCCUGUGUCUAAUACAAGAAAGGUGAUCGGAACAAUUUUUUUCUGCAUACUAAGUGUGGAUCGACUAGGACCAUCACAUCUUGAGGUGGAUUUAGUUUUAGUACAGAAACUAUUUCUGUACUCUAUUCUUACAUCGGACAACAGGUACAGCAUGGAUCCUCUGGCUGUAGGCCGGGUGAUAGGGGAAGUCCUGGAUCCCUUUGUAAGGACUGUCGCUUUUAGGGUGAGGUAUAACAACAGGGAAGUCACCAGUGGUUGUGAGCUCAGGCCUUCCCAGGUAGCCAACAGUCCUAGGGUUGAUAUUGGGGGUGAUGAUCUAAGGAACUUCUACACCCUUAUUAUGGUGGACCCUGAUGCUCCCAGCCCAAAUGAUCCUUCCCUUAGGGAAUACCUCCAUUGGAUGGUGACUGAUAUUCCAGGUACCACAUCGGCAAGUUUUGGACAAGAGGUGGUUAAGUACGAGAGUCCUCUGCCACAUCUUGGGAUUCAUCGAUUUGUUUUGGUGCUGUUUCAACAGUUGGGACGCCAAACAGUGUUCCCUCCUGAAUUGAGGCACAAUUUCUGCACAAGGGACUUCGCCUUGCUUUACAAUCUAGGCUUGCCCGUUGCUGCUGUCUACUUCAAUGCUCAAAGAGAGCCCAGCAACAGAGGAUGAGACAAUUAACAUCUGUUGCUCCUGCUGUUGCUGCUGCUGCUAUUAUUAUUAUUAUUAUUAUUAUUAUUACUACGGAUCAUAUUAUGGAUCUUAGUUAUGUGUGCCGACACUCGUUAAUAUAUAUUUAAUAUAUUUUAUCUUUAGCAUUAAAA